AUGAAUAAGCAUCUCUGGAAGCAUCUGCCUUGUGAGAUGGUGCAGCCCAGUGGGGGCCCAGUGGGGGACCAGGACGGGCUGACAGAAGAGUCUUCUCUGGGGAAGCCAGCCAUGCUCCACUUGCCUUCAGAGCAGAGCACCCCCGAGACCCUCCAGCGCUGCCUGGAGGAGAAUCAGGAGCUCCGAGAUGCCAUGCGGCAGAGCAACCAGAUGCUUCGUGAGCAAUGCGAGGAGCUGCUGCGUUUCCAGGUCAGCCAGAGAGAGGAGAAGGAAUUCCUCAUGCACAAGUUCCAGGAGGCCCGGAAGCUGGUGGAGAGGCUGAACCUGGAGAAGCUGGAGCUGAAGCGGCAGAGGGAGCAGGCCCUGCAGGAUGUGGAGCACCUGAAGAGAUGCCAGCAGCAGAUGGCUGAGGACAAGGCCUCGGUGAAAGCGCAGGUGACGUCCCUGCUGGGCGAGCUCCAGGAGAGCCAGAGUCGUUUGGAGGCUGCCAACAAGGACCGGCAGGCUUUGGAGAGCAGGGUCCGGGCGGCCAGCGAGCAGGCCAGGCAGCUGGAGAGCGAGCGGGAGGUGCUGCAGCAGCAGCACAACGUGCAGGUGGAUCAGCUGCGCAUGCAGAGCCAGAGCGUGGAGGCUGCACUGCGCAUGGAGCGCCAGGCUGCCUCGGAGGAGAAGCGCAAGCUGGCUCAGUUACAGGUGGCUUAUCACCAGCUCUUCCAAGACUAUGACAAUCAUAUCAAGAACAGCAUGGCCAGCAGCGAGCGGAACCGAGGCCUGCACUGGGAAGAUCUGAGGCAGCAGCUGCAGCAGGCGGAGGAAGCUCUGGUGGCCAAGCAGGAGCUGAUCGACAAGCUGAAGGAAGAGGCGGAGCAGCACAAGGUGGUGAUGGAGACUGUGCCGGUGCUGCGGGCCCAGGCGGACAUUUAUAAGGCCGACUUCCAGGCUGAGAGGCAGGCACGGGAGAAGCUGGCCGAGAAGAAGGAGGCGCUACAGGAGCAGCUGGAGCACCUGCAGAGGGAGUACAGCAAGCUGAAGGCCAGCUCGCAGGAGUCCACCAGGGCCCUGAUUGAGGAUAUGCGGAAGCGGCACGUGGAUGGGGCUCAGGCACCCUUGCCCCCUCCAGCAGUGCUCCUUCUCUUCCCAGGCUCCUUUCACCUGGCACUGCCCAGCCCGAGGAGGAGUCCCCCUGAUGAGCCACCUGACUUCUGUUGUCCCAAGUGCCAGUACCAGGCUCCGGACAUUGACACCCUGCAGAUCCACGUCAUGGAGUGCAUUGAAUAG